UAAAUGUUUCGAAGCAUCAUUCUCUUUAUUUCUCGUUAAAUGUAGAAUAAAGAUAGAAUGACGGUUCGAAACAUUUUGCAGUUAGACUUUGACUGCAUUCAUUAUCACAUUUUUCUAUACUAAGAUAAGGUUUAAUAAAAUGCGUGUUCUUUUGUUACAUUUAUGUGUGUUUAUAAGGAGAAUUUAAAAAUUCCGAUCACAUAUCGGUGUUGCGUCACUACAAGUCCCCGCGUGAGUUUGCGCAAUCGCAACUAAUAUAUUUGCUAUUACGUAUUUAUGGUCGGAGACACAAGUAAGAAUAGACAGAUAAACGGUCAAGCGUCGUAAUACAUAAAGGCAACAAGCUGCUGUUGAAAUAUAGUAAGUACGUAUGCGCCAUGCGGCACGCCCACAAUAAUAUAAUCGAACGAGCAGCACAUAGCUCGUCGUAACUCGGUCGGUACUUGUGAAGCAAGUCGUCGAGUGAACUCGAAAGAGUGUGUUCUCGGAUAACAUGUCAUCUCAUGACAUAUUCGCUCUAGCGAGGCAGGAAGCUUUCAAGGAUUUUUCCUAUUUCGACAAAGAAACCGUACCCGUAAAUGUCGGCAAACCAAUUCCGCUGCAACCGCUAAAAGCGACAUCCGCUAUUAUUGUUACCGGUUACAUUCCUGGAAACUCAUCAAGGUUUUCGGUGAAUUUGUUAUGCAAGACAACUGGAAACAUCGCUCUUCAUUUUAAUCCACGUUUGGAUAGGGGUUACAUUGUUCGGAACACAAAAGUGCGCGGAUUCUGGGAAGACGAAGAGACUAGUUCACCUGCCGGUCCGAGCGGAUGUAGUUUUUGUCGGAACGCCUACAUGCAUCUUAUGAUCUUUUGCACAAAUAACGCGUUUCAGAUUGCGAUAAACGGAGAACACUUUUGCGACUUUCGUUAUAGAAUACCUUUCGAGGAAAUAACAGCUCUUGAAGUUAACGGGACAAUCGAAGAUGUCAGGACUCGUCAACUUAACUUGUUUGUGUAUCCAGAUCCGAAUAUUUGCAGACCGUCCCGAACAUUAGUUCUGACAAGCGAGGAAUCACUUGUGGAUUUUUUAGACGUUCCCAUAACUGUGGAUAUUCGCAGCGAGUUUUCUGUCGGUGCUCGUUUAUCAAUUACUGGAAGAUUGAAAUUGCUUCCACACUCGUUUUAUGUGAAUCUACAGAAGGGUAAGACUAUUUAUCCUCAUCCCAUUAUACCGUUGCAUUUGAAUCCGCGUUUUCUAUACGGCAGUAGUGCACCGUACGUCGUCAUGAAUUGUUGGAACGGAGCGUGGGGUCACGAGGAACGACACCAAGGUCACUUAUCCUGGAUGCCUGGUCGAGAUUUCUUGCUCACUAUUCGCUGUGAAUACGAAGGAUAUACAAUAUGGCUAGACAACAAGAUGAUCGGCGAAUUCAAACAUAGACUGAAGUCAUCAGUCGCGGAUACCUUACGAAUCUGCGGCGACAUUGUGCUUUAUCAACUUAACAUGAGUUAUUCAUAAUGAGACUUGUGAUCAGAAUAUAUACAAAUAACAAUAUCAAAGACGUGUAAGGAUUAAAGACGAAAAAAAUGUGAAAUGGAGUCUUUAAUGUGAUCACGUGCAAUGCUGAUAUGUAUUCUCAAUACUGAGAUAUUUUUGCACACUUGUCGAUAUAACAUAUUUGUAAAUGUUUACA